AUGCGGCCCACGGGCAUCCUCCUCCGGCGAUCGACCUGGAAAGGUCCAUUCUUCACCGCCUUCCCCUCCCUCGCUCAAUCCCUCAAAUCGGGCGCACCGAUCUACACAAAGUCACGCGCAUGUACGGUCGUACCCAACUUUGUCGGACUCAAGUUUAUGGUGCAUAAUGGGAAAGACUUCUUGCCGGUGCAGAUAGUGGAGGAGAUGGUGGGGCACAAGCUGGGCGAGUUCUCGCCGACAAGAACAAAAUUCAGCUAUAGACAAACGAAGAAUAGAUAG